UUUCCUUUUCUUCCCUCUCCCUCUCUCGUUUCUCUUUCUCCACGAUCUCCAAAACUCGCCUCUCUCAGUAAACGAAAACCCUAACUCAGUCACAACUAUAACCACCUUUACUUCCAGAACGCAGAAGAAUCCCCGAUCUUCUUCUUCUCAUAUUUGGAUGUUUUUGGUAACAAAAUCGACUUCAUCUGAAAUCGCUCAUCUCUUGUGUAAAAAAAUCACUCUUCUCUUUGUCUAAGCUAUCGACUUCAUCUGAAAUCGGUCAAGGGUUUGCUCAAGUCACUAUGUUUUCAUUACUCUUUCUCUAGCAGAUGAAGAUUGAUGAACAAGAUGAAGGAUGCUGGAACUUCUAAAAGAAAACAUGCAGUCAUGGAGAAGAUUAAAGAAGCACACAGGAGAGUGAUGGUGGCUAACCAUCCUCACAAGGGUGGGAGCAUGUAUCUUGCUAAAAAGAUCAACGAGGCUGAGGUACUUUUGAUGGAUGAGGGUCGAUUUCAAUUCUUUCCAUGUGAAGGUAGGAUUGAUUGUUGAGCUAGAAGUCAUAGAACAAGUCAAGCUGGUGUUUUAUAAAACAAGAAGAAUAAUCAACCAAGAGGGAUCUAGUAAUGGCUUGUCUGAAGAAAUUUCUUUUAAGAUUCUGAAACAGGAAGUUAUAUCCAGAAAUGUAUUGGUUGAUGAAUGUUCAAGGCAGGUUGUCGAGGUGGAGCAAGCAGCCAUGUGGAAGUUUCUUUGGUGGUCGGGAAUCAUAGCUGUCCAUGUUAUGGUUGGCCAAAACAUAGAUGAUCACUCGAUAUAUACGCAUGAGCAAUAGAAGUUUAUGAACUGUAAUUUUCGUGUUUCAGAAACUUUUCUCCAGCACUUCCUCCUCAAGCCUUUGUUUUUAUUUUCCUUCUUGGUUUGCGGGAUGAGUUCAGCUUGUUGAUGUACUUUAUGCUGAGUGUUUGCAUUUGUCUCUUUGUGAAGGAAGGACUCAUGCUGGUUGUUGCAACAAUCUGACAAGAUAUAUGCUGGAGCAUUUUGACAGUGAUUCAGUGAUUCGAAUCACAUGUAACUGAUGCUUCUCUCUUCUGAAAACUUAACUGGAUGCAAUCAUGUUCCGAAGUCAUUGAUUUGGUUUUAUGCAUGGAUUUAUAUUUUGUAGUUUGAUUCUUCACAAGACUAAACUUUGUGCUCCUGCACUUGCUCCAUUCAAGGCUUAUUACGAAGGUGAUGGUUUUCCCGAUGUGUUUGAUUUGUCAUUGUUGUCUCAUGUCAGGGUUCAUAAUCUUAUUAGUACCUUAAAGUUUGUAUAGCGUCAGUAGUCUGUUCGGUCUGAACUAACCCAAGAACAUCACCCUAAUAGUAUUGCUCAGCAAAGAACUCUUCUCCCGCUAACCAGAAUCCAUCUCAUUUAUUUUGAUGCUUCUUAUAUAGAAUCUAAUCGUACUAUUAGAAUUGGUAUCAUUCUUCUUGAUAAUGCAGGAAACUUUUGGGGUGCCAAAACAAUCCCAAGCACAACAUGAGAUGCUUAACAUGCUGAAGCCAAGGCUCUUCUUGUAGCCGCCACACUAUGGGUUAACGAGCUGGAAUUGCAGUUUACUUCACAGGGGACUGAAUCAUUCUGAAGAUGUAUGCUAUGCUAUCUAGUGUUCAAAUCACCAUAGUUAACCAUUGCUGUUAUAGUGGUCUCUGUCAAGUUUUCUAGAUUUUUGGUGUAGUUAGUGUCAGUGUUAUUCGAAAAAAAUAUUGUCUUUAGGUUUCUGUUAGUAUUAUUUUGUAACAUUUGAUAAGGUCUUAUUUGGAAUAAAAUUUCUGUUAAUUCUGGGUAAA